ACCGCCAUCUAUACAUAAAUAAUUUUGAAUAUUUGAAUUUCUAUUUUGAAGCUUAUAUAUAUUGCGACAAAUAGCGCCGUUUCGAUGGAAAGAAUGCAGUUUCACAAAGAUCUGUUGAAUAAAACCAUUGAAACAAGACACCUAUAAUGGCUGAAGUUCAUGUGAUUGGGCAACUAGUAGGAGCAAGUGGAUUUCCUGACCAGAGCUUGUUUUGUAAAUGGGGCAUACAUACAGGAAGUGCUUGGAAAAUCCUUGCUGGUAUGCGAGAUGGUCAAACUCAAGUUGACGCCCCAGUAGAUGGUCAGAUGGCCUACUGGGCUCACCCUAUAGAUGUGCACUUUGCCACUAAAGGCUUACAAGGAUGGCCAAAGAUCCACUUCCAGGUUUGGCAUCAAGAUGGGUUUGGACGGAAUGAACUUUACGGCUAUGGAUUUUGUCACAUUCCUACAUCACCCGGCCAACAUACAAUAGAGUGUCCAACGUGGCGACCAACAGGUACCAUGCGGGAACAGAUAUCUCAAAUGUUCCUGGGUGGAGGCCCUCAAUUAAGGAACCCUGAUCUCAUAUAUAACGGAGCAGAGAGGUUCCAUUUGCAGACUACUGCAAUGGGGAAAGUGCAUCUACAAAUUGGAAUUAUAUUGAGAAACUUUGAUAAACAUGGAAUUGAGUGUUGAUAUUUUAGCAACUGUGGACCAUGUUAAUUUGUAUAUAGCCUAGAAGGAGAGAUGUAAGUGGUGAAUAUGGGGCACUUUGUAGAGUGGAUAUGAAGGAAAAAGCAUCUUUCAAAACAUUCAUUAAUUCAAAAUUUAACUCAUUGCUGACCAACCCCGAGAUAUCUCGUCUAUUAUGUCAUUAUCAUAUCUGACCAACCCCAAGAUAUCUUGGGUCCUUUACAAUAA